CCGGCAGCGCUUGCUGCCAGGCCAGGCAGGGAGCUGGCGCGGGCAGCACUGCAGCACGGGCAUGUGGGCGAAACAACGGGGUGGGAGAGCAUCACCCCUGCAAACCCCUCACAGGAGCAUGGUGCGCUGCAGAGCAGCGAGUCGGGCACCGGCAGCCUCCACCGCCACCAUCGCUUCCCCCCCACAUUGAAAUCUCGGGGGGAGGAGAAGAAGAAAAGGCUUCGCCACAGCUCCCGGGCACAGCAGGAGGAGAGGAACCAGCUCUGGGGGAGAGAGAAGGGCUAGGCCAGGGCGUGAUGGAGAUGCGGCGCGGGAGGAGGAUGCUGAGGGACCAGCUCUCUGCUCUCCUCCUCCUCCUCCUCGCCUUGGCCUGGCUCUGGCUGCCGGCGGGGGGUCGGCGGCCACCCCGGCCACCCCCUUGCCCCCCGAGCUGCUCCUGCACCCGGGACACAGCUUUCUGUGUGGACUCCAAGGCCGUGCCCAGGAACUUGCCCCCCGAGAUCAUCUCGCUGACGAUGGUGAACGCGGCCUUCACGGAGAUCCGAGAGGCAGCCUUCGCCCACAUCCCCUCGCUGCAGUUCCUCCUGCUGAACUCCAACAAGUUCACAUUGAUCGGGGACAAUGCCUUCGCCGGCCUCUCGCAUCUCCAGUACCUGUUCAUUGAGAACAACGACAUCCAGGCGCUCUCGAAGGCCACUUUCCGUGGGCUCAAGUCCCUGACCCACCUGUCCUUGGCCAACAACAACCUACAGACGCUGCCCCGGGACCUCUUCAAGCCACUGGACAUCUUGAGCGACCUGGACCUCCGGGGCAAUACGCUGGCCUGCGACUGCAAGAUCAAGUGGCUGGUGGAGUGGCUGGAGAGCACCAACACCACGGUCCCCGCCAUCUUCUGCAGCAGCCCCGGGCAGUUCGAAGGUCAGCGGAUCCGGGACCUGGCGCUCGGUGACUUCCAGUGCAUCACCACGGACUUCGUGGUGCACCAGGUCCUGCCCUUCCAGUCGGUGUCGGCUGAGCCCUUCACCUACGCCAGCGACCUGUACAUCGCCCUGGCACAGCCCGGUGCCAGCAGCUGUGCCAUCCUCAAGUGGGACUACGUGGAGCGCAAGCUGCGUGACUUCGACCGCAUCCCCGCUCACUCCGCAGUGCACUGCAAGCCCAUCGUGGCGCAGAACCAGCUGUACGUGGUGGUGGCCCAGCUCUUCGGUGGCUCCUACAUCUACCGCUGGGACACCGCCGUGGACAAGUUCAUCAAGAUCCAGGACAUCGACAGCCAGAAGACCCGCAAGCCCAACGACAUCGAGGCCUUCCAGAUCGACGGCGACUGGUACUUCGUCAUCGCCGACAGCUCCAAGGCGGGCUCCACCAGCCUCUACCGCCUCAACCAGAACGGCUUCUACUCCCACCAAGCCCUCCACGCCUGGCACCGCGACACCGACGUGGAAUACGUGGAGAACGACGGCAAACCCCGGCUGAUCAUCUCCAGCAGCUCCCAAGCCCCCGUCAUCUACCAGUGGAGCCGGGCGCAGAAGCAAUUCUCGCCCCAAGGGGAGGUGGGGGAGAUGCUGGACGUGCAGAUGGUGAAGUACUUCAGGGUGAAGCGGGACCAAUUCCUCUGCCUCAGCCGCUACAUCGGCGACUCCAAGGUGGUGCGAUGGGAAGGGCAGCGCUUCGUCGAGCUCCAGACGCUGCCGUCCCGCGGCUCCAUGGUGAUGCAGCCCUUCUCGGUGGAGCAACGGCAGUACCUGGCCCUGGGCAGCGACUUUUCCUUCACCCACGUCUACCUGUGGGAAGAGGAGAAGCAGAAAUUCGUCAAGUUUCAGGAGCUGUCGGUGCAGGCGCCGCGGGCUUUCCGCUACGUGCCGGCUGCCGACGUGCAGCUUCUCCUGGCUCCCAGCUUCAAGGCCAACACGCUGGUCUACCGGCACGUGGUGGUGGACCUCAGCCUCUAGCAGGGAGGCAGAGCCCGGGCUGCCUGACGCGGCUCUCGCCUCCCCGGAGAGCUGCCUGCUCCUGCCCGAGGACACGCAUGCGCCCACCAGCCCCUUCUGCCUGCAGCCAUCUCUGCCCCGUGGUCGCAGCCCGCUGCCAGCCCCCUUCCCGGUCCCCCCACGUUCAUCCACCCCUCGAAUUGCCCCCGGGGCAGCUCCCAGCCCCGCAGCCCCCGCUGCCAGGGGAAGCCACGGGCCUCGGUUUCCCCCUGGUACUCCCGGUUUCCCCAUGGGCAGCACCCACAGCCACCCUUCCAGCAGCCCAAGGGAUGCGGGCAGGAGGGUGGGACACCCCUCGCCCUGCAAACCGAUGCCCUCGGGUGCCUGCUCUGCGACGCUGGCUGGGCUGGCAGGGAUGGGGGGGGGUACGGGUGCCUCUGCCCGCUCGGGCAGUGGGCUGGAGGCUUGCGGCAGGGACGUCUGGGGGCAAGGGAGUGGGGCGGCCGGCAGGGAUGUGCACAGGCAGGGCCAGGUUGCCAGGGCUGGGUGGGAUGCUCCCAGGCCACUGGGGUGCUCCCAGGCUGACGGAAUGAUCCAAAGUGGAUGGGGUGCCUGAGGUGGGUGGGAUGCUCGAGCUGGAUGGGAUGCUCCGAGGCCAGCGGGAUGCUCCGAGGCGGAUGCGGAUGGGAUGCUCGAGGCCAGCAGGAUGCUCGAGGCAGAUGCGGAUGGGAUGCUCGAGGCCAAUGGGAUGCUCCGAGGCGGAUGCGGAUGGGAUGCUUGAGGCCAGCGGGAUGCUCCAGGCUGGCUGGAUGCUGCCGAGGUCGUGCCACCACCUGCAGAAGCAAGGCUGGCCUGUUCCCGUCCCCCUCUGUGCAUGUCCAGCAGUUCCCUCUGCCCGCGGCCCCCUCCGGCCCCCCUGCCGGGCAGGACCCAGCGUGCCAGCCGUACCCGAGGUGUACGUGCCCGCCGAAACGCUCCCCACAAUAAACACACUGUGACUCCCGGC